GAGGGCUGUUGUGUCUCUGAUGGAGUGACUCCCCGGCACAGUUCUCUACAGCUCUGUCUGGUCCCCAACAGUCUCUACAGCUCUGUCCAGUUCACACCGCUCUCUACAGCUCUGUCCAGUUCACACCGCUCUCUACAGCUCUGUUCAGUCCACAUCGCUCUCUACAGCUCUGUUCAGUCCACAUCGCUCUCUACAGCUCUGUCCGGUCCACACAACUCUCUAAAGCUUUAUCCAGUCCACACCGCUCUCACCAGCUCCAGGGGAAAGAGACUGGUAUAGUCUUUCCUCUCUGCAAAGAUGAACCUCUUCUGCUUCUCUCUGGAGGGUUCUAUGGGCAGUCUGUAUGAGGCUGUGCAGGACUCCAGUGAUGCCCAGGUCUACACCAUCCCCAGCCGUUCCUCCAGCCGUUCCUCCAGCCGCUCCUGUAGCCCCGCAGUGCUGCUGAAUGAAAACCACAAGUUGCGUGGCUCGGGACGAUCCAUCUCCAUGGAGAUCUCCCAGGUGCAGAACAACACCAACAAGAAGAAAAGAAGAACACAUAUAUCCAAAUCAGCAUCAGAUAACGGAACAUUGGAUCAUGCCGCUGCCAGCGGCAAUGCUGCUCUCUGGCUGCCCGCCAAAGUCCCUCCAGAAAACGAUUUAGUUUUAGUCCACAUUGAGAACAAUCAAAACAAAGAGAUGGUCAAGCCCAUGCUCAGAACUGAGGUCCAGGCCAAAGCCAUGAUCAGAACCGAUGUCAAGACCAAAGGGGGAAGAGAAGGACGCAAGUCGAGCAUAAAGAAGAAUGAAAAACCACCAACCCCACCAAUACCACCAACUCAGAUGGUGAGUUACGAGGGGUGGGCUCAGAAUCCAGACAGGCGCAACAGCCGGCAGAGAGACCUGAUUGUCCAUGCCAACGGGGAAGUGGCCAGGCCCAGAGUGCCAAUCAAAAGGAGUCCAAAGCCUGGGAGUCAAAAACCUGGGAAUCAGAAGACUUGGAAGAAAGGGAGUGCAAAAAAUGGAAAAGAAUGGGCCAAGAAAAAUCAGGACACCACACGAACAGGGCCCAUCCCAGUGAUGGCAGGACCGUAUCUGGAUGUGGUCCGGAGGUCAGCUGCUGAUUGUGAGUCUGUACUACCAUCAGCCCAGGAGAAUGCUACCCUAGCCCCGGGUGCCAUGGAGCUGAGGACCGGGCCUGGAGGCCCUGGAGCUCAUACUAGGAACCAUUGCUGGAGUAACCCAGCUGAGAACGCUCCGGCCUGUGGGACGUCCUACCACAUCUGCCGCAGGCCCCUCACAGAGUACCCUGUUUAUGCCCAUGACUACACCCUGCCCCGGGCCAAGGACCAACACCAGGAGGUGUACCAAGAUGAAAGCCUGAAACGGGACCCCUCGCCCCAGGGUGUCCCCCUCUCUGUUACUGAUGUGGACCUCUGCAACCCUAAUCGCUCCACCAGUUUUGGGCGAUUUGACGGCAUCAGACAACCAUCACCAGCCAGACUAGAGGAAAAUGUAACAAAAGUGACAGAGGAGUCUGGAUGUGAGAGUUCUGAUCAGACCAAACAAGGCAGCCUGGGGAAGAAGAUGAAGGCCAUCUCUCUAACCAUGCGCAGGAAGAUGGGCAAGAAGCACUUCAAAACCUUCUCUGAGGAAGCUGGUGAGGACACUGACAGAGACCUAGAGGAGGAAACAGAGAGCAGUCUUCCUGUUGAGAAAGGCUCUGAAGAGACCAGCAACUCUCUGGAGAGCCUCUACAGCGGACAGAGCUCCUCCAGUGGUUUGGCCAGCGUCUCAGAUGUUUCCAGUACCAGAGACAGUCUGAGACUAGAAGAGGACGGCUCCUACAAUGGACACUUCUGUGGUAGAGCACGGGUCCACACAGACUUUGUUCCCAGCCCAUAUGACACUGACUCCCUCAAACUCAAGGUUGGAGACAUUAUCAGCAUCAUCAGUAAACCUCCCAUGGGCAUAUGGACAGGGAUUCUGAACAACAAAGUGGGCAACUUCAAGUUCAUCUACGUUGACAUGCUCAUGGAGAAAGAAAGAGAGGAGGAGGCACCAAAGAUCAGGCCUCAGAGGAUGAGCAAGAGACCACGACCAAAGACACUAUUGGAACUACUGGAGCGGCUACAUCUAGAGGAGUAUGCAUCUGCACUGCUUCUGAAUGGCUACCAGACAGUAGAGGACCUGAGGCACCUGCAGGAGAAACACCUUAUAGAGCUGAACGUAAUGAAUCCAGAACACAGAGGCAGGCUGCUGGCUGCUGUCGACUGCAGAUAUACAGAGAGCGAUGCUGUGAGGGAGAGUGAGGAGCCCUCUUCAUCACACAGUUUGAAGGUGGAGAAGAGCGACUGUCCAAGAGACUCAGGCUGCUUUAUUCUAUCAGAGUGCUCUGAAAACAGCAAAGAGGACACAGAGAGCCAACCAGUCACACACUGAUAGGCCAGACUAUCCUAACUAACAAGUUUUGACAUGUAAAUUACGAUGGCUCACCAUGUUUGUCUUGUCUGUAUUUGGUUUAACAAGAUGGGAUUUAAUUAAUUAAAUGUAGCCAAUUUUUCUUACAACCAAUGAAUUUGUUCCUCCUUAAAAGCCUUCAUUUAUGCACCUUUUUAUCUAACCUAUUCAUUCACAUGAAGCACAGGUGUCAAACUCAUUCCACGGAGGGCCGAAUAGCUGCGGGUUCUCACUCCUCCCUUGUACUUGAUUGAUGAAUUAAGGUCACAAAUUAGAAAGGAACUACCCACACCUGGUAGUUUAUGGCUUAAUUGAAAGGAAAACAACUCAAACCUGCAGACACUAGGCCCUCCAUGGAAUGACACCCCUGACAAAUUAUAUUUUGUCCCAACAAGGAUAGUAAAACAAACAUGUAUGUGUGUGUGUGCACGGGAGUUUUUACAUACAUUUUUGAACAAUCCUGGUUCAACAAAAUGUGCAGUACCAGUGGAGGCUGCUGAGGGAAGGACGGAUCAUAAUAAUGGCUGAAACGAUCGAAUGGAAUGGCAUCAAACACAAACGUAUGUUUGGUGUAUUUGAUACCGUUCUACUUUUUCCGCUCCAGCCCUUACCACGAGCCGUCCUCCCCAAUUAAGUUGCCACCAACCUCCUGUGAAAUGUACAUACUUCAAUAAGUGCAAUAUGUCACACAUUAAUAAAGUAUUUAUGCAUCAAGAGUCA